UUUUAGAAGCUCAAAAUGAAGUUACCGGUUUCUAGUAUUUUAGUCCGAGCCCUAGCUCUAAUGCUCAUAUUAGCACUAAGCCAUUUGAGUCAGUGUCAUGCUUCUGGUUGGAAACAAGCCCGAUCUAGAUCAGGGCGUGGUCACGGUCACGGUCACGGUCACAAAUCCUAUGGUUCUGGUCAUGGUUACAAGGGUCGCCAUGUGGGUCGUGGUGGAAGUAACAAGCUAAAGCCCCCUAGAUAUAGUCCACCUAACCAUCCUCCUACCCCCUCUACCCCUACUAGACCUUCUGGUCGGUUUCUAUAAAGGUCUAUGCCCUAACAGACUAGUGGAUAUUGAGGCUAUCCUCACCACCAAAGUCCAACAACUAUUCCGACAGGAUUCAACUAUUCUUCCUGCCCUCCUUCGCAUGCAAUUUCACGAUUGUUUUGUUCAUGGAUCGGAUGUGACGCGUCAAUCCUUAUAAAUGGACUUUCUACCGAGAAAACAGCAGGUCCCAACCUUAAUUAGCGUAAGAGGAUAUCAAGUUAUCGAUACCUUGAAAGAUAUUGCAGAAGCACAAUGCCCGGGUGUUGUUUCAUGUGCUGACAUUAUCGCAAUUGCUACUAAACAAGUUAUUAAGAUGGGAGGUGGGCCGGAUUAUCCAGUACAAACAGGGAGAAACGAUGGAUUGGUGUCGAGAGCAGAAGAUGUGAAUCUUCCAAGUCCGUUUCUGACAGUAAGUGAAAGCAUUGCAGCAUUCAGCGCUAAAAAGUUUACACCAGAAGAAAUGGUUCUUCUUUUAGGUUGCGGCCAUACAGUUGGUAUCUCACAUUGUGAAUUCUUUCAAGAUACACUCUACCAAGGUAAUACCCAAUUUGACCCAAUGAUGGAUCCAAUUCUUAGGAAACAACUUCAACCAACAUGCCCUAAAGAUUCAAAUUCUAACAAUAUAGCAUUUCUUCAUCAAAAUCCAAAAAGCUCAAAUAUACUUGACAACUCUUUCUUUGUUCAAAUCCUUAACCAAAGAGGUAUUCUUCCAAUUGACCAAGCAUUGGCUCGUGAUCCUCAAACGAUUGGAUUCGUUCAACAGUUUGCUCAAAGUGGUUCAUUAUUCAACACCAAGUUGGCUAGUGCUAUGCUCAAACUACAGGCUCUUGAUGUCCUAACCGGUAACCAAGGACAGGUUAGGAGAACAUGCAGUAGGUUCAACUAAUCAACCAUAUAUCCAAACAGCGGCUGCCCUUUAGGAUCGCUUUUCUAUUACUCCAUAUAUAUGGAAUGUCAACUGUCAAGUGUGAGAGUCGAUCCAUUGUUCUACUUUUAACCUAAAUUAUACGUAGUAUUCUUUUAUCUUUAUUAUUUCAUGUAUUUGAUGUAAUAAGCUUGUA